AUGUUUCUACCUAGGACCCACUGCGAUGGGCUGUUGAGUGACACAGAGCUCAAUGACUUCCAGCGGAGGUGUUUCAACGCACCCCUACAGACACAGGAACUGGAGGGGGUCAAAGACGUGGUUAAGCAGAACACCGAGGAUGGUCUCCGCAACGGAUAUUUAACGCAGGAUGGAUUCCUUUACCUACAUAAACUGUUUGUCCAACGCGGACGUCUGGAAACAACGUGGGCGGUGCUGAGGAAGUUCGGCUACGGUGACGACUUACAACUGAGUCAGGACUUUUUGAGCCCGAAAAUCGAAAUCAGGGCAGACGAGACCGUAGAAUUAGGGUCGAGUAGUAUACACUUCCUUACACAACUCUUCCGAUCAUUUGACAAGGACCGUGACAGCGCACUUUCAUCAGAAGAGCUGACUGCGCUGUUCUCCGCAGUACCCCCAUCACUAAUCAAAGACAUGGAGUUCACUGCUGGAGUGGCGUCUAACAAUCAGGGAUGGGUCACACUGGAAGGGUUUCUUGCGGCUUGGGUGCUGUUUACUCUUGAGCAUCCAGUGAAUGCGUUGGGUAGUUUUGCGUGUCUGGGCUACCCCGACGAUGACAUCACAUCGGCCGUUAAGGUGACACGCAGUAAAAAGAUUGAUUUCAAGAAACAAAGGACUACGCGCACAGUGUUCAUGGCCUAUGUGGUGGGUGCGAAGGGCAGCGGCAAGUCCACUCUGCUGAACAUGCUCUUGGGAAAGCCACAGAGCCCCAGCGCACCCCUCAACAGCACAUCAGGCAACGGUGAAACAGUCGCUGUCAAUGGCGUCAGUGUCAACGGCGCAGAGAAGUACUUGGUGUUGAGGGAGUUCGCGGCCAAUGGAAGCGAUGUCGAUAUGAUCAGAAACCAACAAGCACUGGAGAACAAAUGCGAUGUGGUGGUGUUCUUAUACGACGCCUCAGACCCAAACUCAUUCGAAUACGUCGUCAAUCUACAG